GUAGCAGAGAAGUCCUAAAAGUAACAAGUACAGGAGAGGAAUGUGGUGCAAUUUUUACAGCAGUGAAAGCUAACAUGAGAGAAUAUGCAGCUGAAGUAGCUAAGACCAACUCUGGCCCAAGCAUUGUCAUCUCCUUUCUGAUUGCUGGUCUGGUAUCCAUCUUGGCAGGAUUGUGUUAUGCUGAAUUUGGAGCCCGAGUUCCUCUGACAGGAUCAGCUUACCUCUACAGUUAUAUCACGGUGGGAGAGCUGUGGGCAUUCAUCACUGGCUGGAACCUUCUGCUCUCCUAUGUAAUUGGAACCUCCAGUGUGGCCAGAGCUUGGAGUGCUACAUUUGAUGAACUCCUGGGCAAAAGAAUGGGGGUCUUUUUCAGCACCCACAUGUCCAUAAACUCUCCUGGAUUGGCUGAAUACCCUGAUAUCUUUGCUGUUUGCCUCAUUGUUAUACUGGCAGGUAUCACUAUCUUUGGAAACUGUUUGAUCAACCCAGAAAUAAAGUCAGUGAUGAUCUUAAAACUCUCAUUCAUUAUGCUGUCAAUAGCAUUUUCCCUAUGCUCAGAUCCCUCUCACAAAGACCUCUUUGAUCCUCCCUUUCUUCACAGCAACCAAUCUGUGACUGGCAACCGAACCUGGCAUUAUGGGGCUGGAGGGUUCAUGCCCUAUUACUUCAGCGGGACCCUAGCUGGAGCUGCUACCUGUUUCUAUGCUUUUGUUGGAUUUGAUUGCAUUGCUACUACAGGGGAAGAAGUGAAGAACCCCCGCAAAUCCAUUCCCAUGGGUAUUGUCCUAUCCUUGCUCAUCUGCUUCCUGGCCUACUUUGGAGUUUCUGCUGCCUUGACAUUGAUGAUGCCAUACCACCUCCUUGACACCAUGAGUCCUCUGCCAGUGGCUUUUGAGUACAUCGGGUGGAACAUGGCCAAAUAUGCUGUAGCUGCAGGGUCACUGUGUGCUCUGACCACAAGCCUGUUGGGAUCCAUGUUCCCAAUGCCCCGAAUUUUGUUUGCCAUGGCCAGGGAUGGACUCCUCUUCCAACCUCUGGCCAAACUGAGCAGCCGACAGAGCCCAGUGAUUGCAACCAUGGUGUCUGGAGCUGUUGCAGCUACGAUGGCUUUCCUUUUUGAUCUGAAGGCCUUAGUUGACAUGAUGUCGAUUGGGACACUGCUCGCCUAUACACUAGUUGGUAUCUGUGUUCUGCUCCUCAGGUACCAGCCUGAGCCCAGCUCUUUAGGCUCCGCAGAAAAGAAGAGGCCACGCAGAAUGCUCUGGGUAGACCUCUUAAUUCACCCAGAUAUCAUUCCAUCCCAGCACUCCUCCCGUCUGGUGUCCCGCACUGUCUCUCUGCUUGCUGUCCUAAUCUUCCUUGUCAGUGUGGUAACCACAGUAGGACUACCAUGCUUGUUAUCUGGGAGUGCCUGGUUCAUUGCCUGCCUUGUUCUCCUCCUCCUGGGGAUUCUUGUGGCAUCGCUAAUCAUCUGGAGGCAGCCUCAGAGUCAGAAGAAUGCAGCUUUCAUGGUCCCCUGUCUGCCAUUCUUGCCCAUCCUCAGUGUCCUUGUCAAUAGCUGCCUAAUGGCCCAGCUCAGUGGUGACACUUGGCUUAGGUACCUGGUGUGGAUGGCUCUUGGCCUCCUAAUUUACUUUGGCUAUGGGAUCCGGCAUAGCGCAGAGAGACACAGGGAUAAGGACCUGUCCCUACAGAUGACAAAACAUGAAAGAAGUGAUACAGAUUCAAGCAGUCACUUGCAAAAAAUAACUUUAAGGGAACCGUGA